AUGCUCCAAAAGAAGUAACACUAAAAAACAUAAUCAACAGAGUUAUCUAAUCAAGCAUUAAUGAAUUAUUUAUCAACUCGAGAAGCUUUAAAUGUUCGAAAGUCAAAUUCUCCAUAAUUUUAAUUGGAGUAAAAAGUAUAAAUUUGUGUACACAAAUAAGAAAUAAAUUGGUCCUCAAUAAAGUCCUUUGUUAAAAUCAAAUAGUUCUUAAUCAAAUCUAAAAAUAUUAUAAUAAUAGUAAUUAAACUUAUAAUGUAGGUAAAAUUCAAGAAAAAUUUAACAAUAAAAUGUGCUUAAAUCGAGAGGAUUAAUAUCACCUAAAAUAGUUAGUUAAGAAAAAAUAAAUUAGAAAACAUAAGUCUAUAGUAAUGGAAAUCAUAUGAAAACACAACCUCAAUCUCAUUAAAAUUCUUAAUCUAAAAUAAAAUCUAUAGACAAUAUAUUGGAUGAAUAUACAAUUACAUGUACCGAUAUAAUAAUUAUUCAAAGCAAAAAAAUAACUAUUUCAUAAAGAUAUUUUGAAAACAUUACCUUUUUCUAGUUCCAACAAAGCUGAUUAAAAUUUGAAAUAAAAAGCUUAAUAAGCAAUAUAGGAAAUAAAAUAAAAAUAAUCUUUGGAUGUUUUAUCUAGAUUGAAUUUUCAAAAGUCUUAGAGUAUAUAGAGUGCAAAAAAUUAAUCACAAUAAAUUCCAAUCUUAGCAUAAUAAGAAAAUCAAUUAAAAAUUCAUUAGAAAUCAAAUAGUGCUUUAUUGAUUGAAACAUAAAAAUUUUAAACUCAUGCUAGUUUUUAACCUCUUAUAGAAUUUUCACCUGAUAAUAAAAAGCCUACAACCACCAGGUAAAAUAAUUGAAUUAAUAUAGGAAAUAAUAAUAAGAUUUAAUAACAAUAAUAAUUUAGUAUAAAUAAUUUAAAUAAAAAAUGACAAUUGAUAUCUCAACAAAUAAUAUAUCUUGGCUUUUAGAAACAGUUAGAUAAGAGAUAGUAAAAAGUUUGGGAAAUUAAUAUUAACAAAUAAUUGGGAUUAAAACUGGAAAUAGUUAAAUACCUGUAGAUUAUAUUCUAUCUAAGAUUGAAAGACCUUUAUCUCUAUUAUCAAAUUGUUCUAUAUAACCUUUGAUUAUUGAACCAUUUAUGAAUGUUGAAUAAGAUCUAAAAUAAUCUCGAAUUAGUUUGAAAGAUUUUGAAUUUAUUAGAUGUAUUGGUGUUGGAGGAUUCUCUAAAGUUUAUUUAGUAAGAGAAAAAAAGACAGGUUUAUUUUAUGCUAUGAAACUUAUUGAAAAGAAACCUAUAAUGUAAUAAAAUAAAUAAAAUAUAAUAUAAAAUGAAAGAGAUAUAAUGUAUAAUUUGAAUCAUCCAUUUAUUGUUAAAAUGCAAUAUGCAUUUGAAUCUAGAAGAUAUUUAGUUUUCGUAUUAGAAUAUUGUUCUGGAGGAGAAUUAUUUUAUCUUUUAAGAAAAGUAUUUCUCUAUUAAUAUAAUUAGGUUAAAAGAAUGAGUGAAGAAGAAGCAUUUUUUUAUUUUGCAGAAAUCUGUUUGGGAAUGAAGAACUUACAUGAUAAUAAUAUAAUUUAUAGAGAUAUCAAACCUGAAAAUAUUUUAAUUGAUUUUGAUGGACAUAUUAGAAUAGCUGAUUUUGGUUUAUCUAAACCUCAUAUGGAAAAUGAAGAUGUAGCUUAUUCAUUUUGUGGAUCUCCUGAAUAUAUGGCCCCUGAAAUGUUAUUAAAAUAAGGUCAUACAUUAUAAUUGGAUCUUUAUUGUUUAGGUGCUUUAUUGUAUGAAUUAAUAACUGGUUUACCACCUUUUUAUUCAAGAAACACAGAUGAAAUAUAUUAAAGAAUACUUAAUUAAAAAUUAAGUUUUCCAUCUUAAUUACCAAUGUCCUAACUUUUAAAAGAUUUAUUAGGUAAUUUAUUAGCAAAAACACCUAAAAAAAGAAUAGAUAAUAUUGAUUCACUAUUAAAACAUCCAUGGAUGACUUAAUGGAGUGAUAAAAAUUUAUAUAAAGAUUUCUUAAUGAAAAAAAUUGAUCCUCCAUUUCAACCUGAUUAUUUUUAAUUUAAUUUUGAUGAAGAAGAAUUUGGAAAAGGAGAAAAUGAAUUUUUAUCUCAAAUAAGACCACUAUAAUUAAAUUUAUUAGAAAAUUUUCCUAAAGAAAUAUUUCUUAAAAAUUUUUAUUAUAAUCAUAACGAAUUCAAUUUUGUUGAAAGCACUGGUGGUACAAAACUAAAUGUUAAAUUGCAAGAAGAAUAACAAUAAUAAGGAACUUAAAGAUAAAAAUCAAAGAGACUUAAUACAUUUGAUGAUGAAAAUACAAAUUAUGUUAAUGACUAAAAAGUUUUCAUACUUAAUUAAUUAAGAUUAUAAACGGAGAAUGAAAUAUAAAAAAAAUCUGCAUUAUGA